AUGCACUUAAUCAACGUUACGGGCCCAAGAUCCAUAUUUAGCUCAACAUUAUAUUGGAAAUGCUGGGAUGUCUUAUCUCCUCAAACGCUAUCCCAUGAUGGCGGAGGCAACAGUCAGGGCAUUGUCAGUAUGGUGAAGUGGACCCUGGCCAGGUACAAUGGCGAUGCGAGAAAGGUGUUCUCCAUAGGUACAAGCUCAGGCGCCAUGAUGACCAACGUCUUGCUCAGCUCAUACCACGAGGUUUUCGCCGCCGGGAGCGCAUGGGCUGGCGUUGCAUUCAGCUGCUAUGCCAGCAACGGGUACGCCGUGUGGAGCGACGCCUGCGCAACAGGGCAGAUCACCAAGACGGGUGCCGAGUGGAAGACUAUCGUCGAAGCGGCCUACCCCGGCUACCACUCGGGGUGGAGACCGAAGAUGCAGAUAUUCCACGGCACAGCCGAUACCAUUCUCCACCCGCAGAAUCUCCAGGAGGAGAUCAAGGAGUGGACUGCUGUGCUGGACUUGCCGAGCGCGCCUGUCAGAACGUUGGCGGAUAGUCCGCAGAGUGGGUGGACGACCUAUGUCUAUGGGGACUCGUUCACGGCUAAAAUUGCGCAGGGGGUGGACCAUAACAUUCAGACGAAUACAACGGUGGUGCUGGACUGGUUUGAUCUCACGUGUAUUGGAACGGGACGCUUCUCGAGGCCCGCUUCGGGCGGCAGGUCGAGUUCAAUGGGACUGCCAGCGACAUCGCUGGCUGCCGCCACAAGCAGCAAAUCAUCCACGAGUAAGUCACCGACGAGCACAUCAACGAGUGCGGCGACUACAGCUACGGGAACUACCCAAGCGAAGUAUCAGCAGUGCGGAGGCGCAACAUAG